CAUAGCAGACACACCCAUACAAAACAUUCUCAGUAGUUCAGUGCAGUACGUCGGAUAAGCUCGUCUAAGCUACGGUCAACUAAUACCCAAAAUGAAGAACGGAAGACUUGGAGAAGAUGUCAAGUAUGUUGAACCUAGAUCGUCGCCCACCUGUUGUGAAAAAUUUGGUCAAUGGAUCAAGGACAACCUUUUGCUGGUUUUAAUCAUAAUCGGUGUAGUUCUCGCUCUGUUGAUCGGUUUUCUGCUGAAAGAACACUCUAGCCAUGACUUCACGAAAAGAGAGGUGUACUACAUCUCUUUCCCCGGUGUACUCUUCUUGAAUAUGCUGAAGAUGCUGAUUAUUCCGUUGAUUGUGACCAGCGUGGUUGCAGGGCUUGCCACACUCGAUGUAAGUACUGCAGGUAGAAUGGGAUGGCGUACAGUUCUCUACUAUUUCUGUACUACUAUUCUUGCUGUAAUCCUUGGAAUCAUUUUGGUUGUGGCGAUCCACCCCGGCAAAGGGAACCCAGACGAUAUGGUUCGCAGCGGCCAAUCAAAGCAGGUCAAGGCGGAAGAUGCAUUUAUGGACUUACUGCGGAACAUAUUUCCACCCAAUUUAAUUGGCGCGACAAUGGAGAAGUACAAGACGUUUGAACCGGAAGUCGAAGACCCAGGUGAGACUACUCUGAACGCAACAAACGGAACUGCAGACAACGAUGCCAUGCUACUUAUCAUGUCUGAUGCACCCAAGGGAGGCAUGGUUAGUGGUAUGAACGUUCUCGGCAUUAUCGUAUUUUCCAUCGCGCUCGGUGUGACAAUCGCAAAAAUGGGUGAAUUGGGUACGCCGCUUGUUAUCUGGUUUGUGGCGUUGAACGAAGCUGUGAUGAGAAUCGUGUGGAUUGUCAUGUGGUAUUCGCCAAUUGGUAUCAUGUUUCUGGUUCUUGGCCGAGUUUUAGGCAUGGAUGACUGGGCUACAGUUGCUGGCCAACUUGGAAUGUAUUGCGUCACUGUCAUUACCGGAUUAUUAAUCCACGGACUAAUUGUACUUCCGCUGGCCUAUCUUAUCUUUGCGCGAAAGAAUCCGAUUAAGUUUCUCCUGAAUGUAUUGCCAGCACUCCUGACUGCGUUCGGCACCGCGUCGAGCUCUGCAACACUUCCUUUGACUACGAAAAACCUGGAGGAAAACAACAACAUUGACAAGAGAGUAACCAGAUUUGUUUUACCCAUUGGGGCAACUAUCAACAUGGACGGCACAGCUUUGUACGAAGCUGUGGCGGCCAUAUUUGUUGCUCAGUAUAACGACAUUUCUUUGGACGCCGGCCAAGUCAUCACAAUCAGUAUUACCGCUACUAUUGCUAGCAUUGGUGCAGCAGGUAUUCCACAAGCAGGUCUCGUUACCAUGGUGAUUGUGUUCACGGCGGUUGGGCUGCCUCUAGAAGAUAUAGCUCUUAUCUUAUCCGUCGAUAUUAUUCUGGAUCGUAUUCGUACCAUGAUUAACGUUGAGGGCGACUCCAUUGGCGCGGGAAUCGUGGCUAAAAUGGCGAAGAAACAACUGGACGAAUACGAUCAGCAUGACCUUGCGCACGAAAUGACGCCAUUACAGUCAGGAUUGACACCGAACACGGAGAACGCGCCACCACGCUAUGACGAGACCUUAAAGGACAAGAAAUGGAACAAGCCUUCGUCGAGCUGGAACGAAAAUGCCGGAUGUGAGAUUCAAAAUAGAUACAGAAUCUCAAGCAAACAUCAUACAAGUGAAGAUAUUCAAGAAAAUCAAGGACUCAAGCAUUCAAAUUCAGAAGACUCGCAUUACACUGACAAGUUACAAAAAUUAAAAGUACAUGGGAAAUGCAAGUUAAACUGCACGGAAAAAGAUCUGGAUUGUUACGCCAAAGAAACUGACCAACCACCUUUACUGAGAUUUAAGGCUUCACAAGACUUAGACACAUCAGCUAUACCAGUAGUACAUCCACCAAAGAUGAUUUCAGCAUCACUUUGUGACAAACUGAGAAAAACACUGGAAGUUAUGGAAAAACAGAAAGUACUUCAUAUAGUAGAUGAGCCACCAGACUGGGUGAACUCCAUGGUUGUUGUAGAGAAACCAAAGACUGGUAAACCACACAUAUGUCUAGACCCAAGAGACUUAAAAAAGGCAAUCAAAUAA